UCCAUCUCCGCAAAUGGGAUAAUGCGGCGUGGCUUGCCCCACCCGCCAGUGAGGGUAUAAAACCUGCGAGAGGUUGGUGAUGGUCACAGGCAAGAAACUUAUCCUCAACCUCUAAACCAUUCUACAAUUCCUGACACCAUGAGCCACUACAGCAGCUACUAUGGAGGCCGAGGCUAUGGCCACAGAGGUUUCAAUGGACUGGGCUACGGCCAUGGAAGCUUUAGUGGCCUGCAAUAUGGCCAUGGAGGUGUCAGUGGCUAUGGCUACAACCACAGAGGCGUCAAUGGCCUGGGCUAUGGCUAUGGCUGUGGUAGUGGCAGCUUCCAUAGACUGGGCAAUCAUGGCUUUGGAGGCUACGGAUAUGGUUCUAGCUAUGGAAACCACAGAUAUGGUGUCUACCAUCCCUCAUCUUUUGGAGGCUAUGGCUUCUCUGGAUUCUACUGAAGAGUGAAGUUAUCCUUGGACUACUGGAGUCC